AUGGCCGUAGGUAUACGCAGAAUUAUAGAGCCACCGUUAAAAGAAGGCUACUACGGAAACGCAUUUGUCAAAGCCAACGUAGCUAUGAAGGCUGGAGAGCUAAGCAACUCGCCGUUGUCUAGCGUUGUGAAACUCAUCAAAGAAGCCAAGAGAGCCGCGAUGGAGAAGAAGUACGUGCAUGAGCAGCUAAGAGAUAUAGAGAGAAGCUUGAAGGUGAAGGCAAUGUGUGGAGGAGGUAACGGAGCGUUCAUGCUAUUCACUGAUUGGAGACAAAUGGGAUUGUUAGACGAAGUUGAUUUUGGAUAUGGAGGAUCGGACAAAAGUGUUGAAAGGGAUUAG